AUCGACAUGAGGGUCCAUUGUAACAAAUGGGUUGAAAAUGUAUGAAAUGCCGAUGUUUCGAAGUACCGUGGCUUAUAUUUCGAAUAUGUUUUCGCAAAGUCUCCAACAUUUAGAUAAUGCAGACUUUAAGGAAAAUAAAAACGUAGACAUUUACCAAGUCCUUAAAUGGAAAAUAAUUUGACUUGGUUUUUCUUCUUGUUCGAGGUAAUGGGAAAAUAAACUCGGUCGCUUUAUUGUUAAGGACCUAAAAUUGUCAUGUCAUGGACGAUUAGGGCUCAAAAGGAAAGCUAUCUAGUAUAUUUAAUACUAUAUAUUACAUUUAAUGCAAAUAAUAGCUCAAACAUAAGUUAUCUCGUUAAACAAACUGACGAUAAAGGAAGUACUCUGCAGGGAAACCUCUUGUCAAAUUUCCGAGACAGGUCACGUCACACUCCCCGUUGAAACUUCUGACCAAUCAAGACGCGAGGAGACUUUACGCAUGCGUAUGAUCAAGGCGCGGGAGAGCCCGAAAACCAAAACAACAGUAAUGACGACUGGCCAGUUUUUAUUGAUUUAAAGCGGUAUUUUCCACAAAAUAUAAAAAAUAAAGGAGAGUUUGAAGUCAAGGCAUGGCGGAGGAGUUCAGCGAGUCCCUCACUCCACCAGUGUCCCCCUUUGCAGCAGACAGCCGGUCUGACCUGGCGGCCGCUCCGCCGCCCCGUUUCAGCUGCUGUGAAGCUAAAGACGAGCAGGCUGCAGCGCUGUCCUCUGAGGGCUAUCUUGGACGGGGAUCCCUGAAACGGCUGCUGCUGCGUCUUGACCCGGCCCCUGCGGAAUUUGAGGCGGACACGGCGGAGAUUUUCGGCUUCCCCUGGGUCACCGAAACGGCGCUGGUGGAGUCGACCAAAUUGCUCUUCGGCCUGUUUCGACAAACAUUUUACAAGUUGGAGACUUUGGUUCAGUCCAGCUCACAUGACUUUGGACAAGCAGGUAACCUGCAUUAUGAAUCGGAGGACCUUCGGCAGCAGUGUGUUUCAUUUCUUCAGUAUGUCAAAGUCUUUUUGCACAGGUACUUCGAACCGUGUCUGGACGCAGCUCACUCGCAUCCCUACGAGCAGCUGGAGCAGCAGUUCCCCUCCGCUCUGCUGGAGGAACUGUUCGCCGUCACUCUCCUGACAGGACGACUCAAAGACCUGCCCUCAGGUGUACAGGCAGCCUUCAGUAUGCAAAACCACGGGAAGAUUUUUCCUCCCUCCUGGCAUUUGUUGCACCUUCAUCUCGACAUUCACUGGUCGGUCCUGGAAAUCCUGCAUGUGCUGGCUCACAAGAUGCGAGGCCAGGUGAUUUACGCCCACCGGUUCGUGAACCUGACGGGGGAGAACCUGACCGAUACGAGUCUGUUUGAGGAGCACCUGGCCUCCCUGCUGUGCGACCUGACGGCUCUGGCCUCGGGCAAAUACAGCAAGGUGAGACCUACGGAGACGCUGAGCAGCAGUCCCUUCCUCUGCCUCUGCACCAAAGAGCUCUGGUUGCUGCUCAUGCACCUCCUGCAGCACAGAAAUAAAGCUCUGCGCACGCAGUCGUUUUGGAGCUACAUGAACCCCGUGCUGAAGCCUCUGGUAGAUGGGCAGCCUGCACCAGAGCACCUCGGUGGUCCUCUGACACACUGUAAAGACCCUCUGGGAUUCACAUGGUGGCUCCUCACCCACUUGGCCAUGUUGGGCCAGUACAGCUGCAACGGCACAAUGCAGAAUGAGAAAUAUUUGGAGGAUAACUGGACAUUUGUGGAGGGGUUGCUGAAGAAGACCUGUGACCCCAAGGUUGGGCUCGCAGAAGAGCAGAUGAGGAUGCAUGUGCACUGCUGCCUCAGUCUGUGUCUGCUGUGGGAGCCGAGCACAGCAGCUGUCUCCGCCCUCUGGGAGUCCUACAGCAGGAACCUGAACUCCUCGUUCACCGUGCCAUGGUUGGGGGUGUCGGGCCUGGGCGCCAUCUGCAAGACGCCACUGGCCUUGCUGGAGCAGGCACGCAGCUGCUGCUGCCCCUCUGCCCCGCGCUCUCCGGGCCACGCCCAACUCUACAGAUCCGCCAACUCGUUCCACAUCUUCCUUCGAGUGCUGGCCCUGUGCCUCGGCCAGGACAGGGCCGGCGGCGCGCCGCAGAGGCAGAUCAAGGGGAGGAUUUACUCUAAGUUCUCAAAAAAGAAGAUGCAGGAGCUGUCUGAAGGCGGCCUCAUGAACUUCCUGCUCCUCUUCCUGGUGGUGGCCAGGCAGGCGGAGCUGGAGGACGUGGCCAGCAGAGCCUGCGAGCUGCUGGGCUUCUUGCCCUCUAACUGCCCCCCCGCACAUCGAACACUGGUCUGGAGAGGGCAACUGUCACUGCUGUUGCUUUUCCAGGAGAGAGGUCUGGAUGUUGGCGCUCAGGCCGGCUGCCUGGCUUCCUCUUUCAACGAGACGGCCAAGGAGUUCUACAAUAAAACCACGGAGGCGUCCCGCAGGCUCGCCCUCUGGGGGCCCCUGGCUUCCUACCUGGAGGGCGUGGCCGAGGUGUUCGAGACGAGCGCCGGCCUCGGCCUGUCGGAGGAGAAGCUGCUCGGCGAGGGCUUCGAUUGGCUGCUGCCGGCGUGUCGUCAGUCUGAGCUGAACUCCGUCCUGAGCUUCCUGCAGAUCGUCCUGGCUCAGCUCAGACGGGUCCAUCAGCGCAGCGUCCAGUCAGCGACCGUCCCGGCCUGGGCUCCAGCUCCGGCUCCAGCCAGUGUGAUUAGGGAGCGCCACCUAGCGGUAGCUUCCGCUCUGUGGUUGCACUUUUUCCCCUUCCUGCGCAGCUUACGCCUCUCCCAGACCCCGCCGGCCCAGCUGGCAGACGCUGCUGCAGGUUUCACCUUGCUGGCCUUUGACCUGCCCAGUUCUGCCCCGCAGGACCUGCAGCCCAACCCGGUUCAGACCAUCAUGCAGCUCUUCGGCUGGGACGACAUGGUCCACCCGCUCCUAGUGACGCGCUUCCUUCCCCAUCUGCUCCAGAACAGUGAGCUGGCGUCGUCACUCAGCGGCGGCGCCCCGGGUUCGGCUCAGGGCCUCUCGGUGAGGGCCUGGAUCCGCUGCGUCCUCCAGCAGCACCUCCACAAGAACCCGGACGGGACGGAAAGCAAAACGGCCCGGGCGGUGGGAGAGCAGCUGUGCGAACUGACCCGGCUCGUCCUGCGACUGCCAGAGGUGGACGGCUUUCUGCAGAGAGCCGGACUUCCUCCGCCGGCCGCCGUUCCCGAGCCGACUGCAGCCCUGGAGACGUUUGUCAAGGCUGUAGGGAGUGUUUACAGCGGGCUGCAGCUGCUGCCGGAGCGGUCGGCCAUGGCGACCAGAGCCCUGGACUAUAUCGGUGACGUCCUGAAACAUGUGAAGCCGUACAUAGUCAGCAAGAACCAGGAGGGGAUGCAGCUGGCGUACUGGGCUGUGGGUUGCGUAGUGAAGCAUUGGAGCCCCCUGCUGGCCACUUCUAAAGCCCAGCCGCUGCUGUUCCGGAUCGUGGACGGGCUGCUGCUGCCGCCCAAGAUCCCGCAGCAGGACAGAGCGCUGAGGGACAGCUUACCGCUUUAUCUGCAGGGUCUGUCGGUGGCGUCAGGCGUGUCUCAGUCCCAGGGUGCCGGCCUCAAGCAGCAGCUUCGCUCUGUAACCCGGAGAUAUCUGGACCACUUCCUCCCCGCCUCGCCCUCUCUGGGCGUGGUCGCCAAUCACCCGGUGCUGCUGGGCGCCUGUGAGGGCGCGCCGACCGCCAGGGGAGCGGCGCUGAGGAGGACGGUCCUGGAGGUGCUUUGCGAGAAUUUCCUGCAGUUCAAAAGCCACGCCCUCCCGGCUCGCCUCGCGUCCGUCCUGAUGUUCCUGUUGGAGCUGCUGAGGCGAAACGCCGACACGGACGCCUCCCUCCUGACGCUGCCUCUUCCUGCUCUGCUGCGUUGCUUGAUGCUGGUCAACGAGCCGACAGUGAGGAAGAUGAGCACGGAUGCGCUGCAGCUGGUGCUGGAGCGAUGCGUCGCCGCGUCUACAGUGAGACCAUGCGAGUUGACGACCGCCGCCUUACGGUCGUUCGCGGAGGAGAACGCGGGCGUCUACGACCGGCAGGUGUACGUGGUCCUGGAGACGGUGGCCGUCUUGGAUCCGGCUGCGGUUGGAGCGCUCAUCCCCAGCCUGACUCUCAGUCUGAGGAGCACCGAACACAAACGGGGCCUGGGCAAGAACAUCGCCCUGAGGAGUUCAUACAUGAAGUUGCUGUCCCUGCUUGGGCAAAGUGGGCAGGAGGAAAUCAACAGACUGGAGAGCGACUAAGAGCUUUUCCUCUAACAAACUUUUUCAUCUGGGAGAAAUCGGAACUUUCAACUGGACCAUCCACCACGUCACUGAAAUGACAAGAAAAUCGUCUUAAGAAGCACAAUAGGUGGAACCCGAACAUUUUCAGAGGUGUACAUUAUGCACAUAUUGUAAAAAAAUAAA